CAUAAAUGGCUCAAUUCCUUGUGAGAUUGGGAAUCUAGUGAACUUGAGAGAUGUUAGAAUAUCCAACAACCAAAUAACUGGUUCCAUCCCACAUAGCAUUGGAAACUUGACCAAGCUUGAAGGUUUUUACCUACUAAACAAUAACAUAAAUGGCUCCAUUCCUUGUGAGGUUGGGAAUCUAGUGAACUUGAGAGACCUUGGAAUAUCUGACAACCAAAUAACUGGUCACAUCCCACAUUGCAUUGGAAACCUGACCAAGCUUGAAACUUUUUACUUGAAUAACAAUAACCUAAAUGGCUUAUUGCCAAUUGAUAUGGCAAACCUCACAAAUUUAUUUGAUCUUCAGUUAUUCAACAACAACCUUUAUGGCAACCUACCACAAGAUUUGGCCAAAGGAGGCUUACUUCAACAUCUUGCUUUGGGAAACAAUAAUUUCCAUGGUCUCAUUCCAGUGAGUUUGAAAAAUUCAACAAAGCUAUUCAGGGUGCGUCUUGAUAGGAACCAAUUCACUGGAGAUGUCUCUCAAAGCUUUGGUGUUCAUCCGCAUUUGGUUUAUAUUGAUCUAAGCUUUAAUAGAUUGUCUUGCACUUUGUCACCGUCUUGGGGAGAAUGCCUUAAUUUGACAAGCUUUAAAAUAUCAGGCAAUAAAAUCAGUGGACAAAUACCACGCGAAAUCGUUCAAUUGCCGAAGUUGCACUUUCUUGACAUCUCUUCUAAUAAUUUUGUGGGAAAUAUCCCAAGAGAGUUUGGUAAAUUAUCUUAUAUAUUUCAGUUGAACAUGAGCAACAAUCAUCUCACAGGAACAGUACCACAAGAAUUUGGGGGUCUAUCUUUAUUAGAAGUUCUAGAUAUGUCAAGCAACAAUCUGAGAGGAGAAAUACCAAUACAAUUGGAGAAUUGCAUUAAAUUGAACUCACUCAAGUUAAGUGGCAAUCAGCUAAGUGGAGUGAUCCCUUUUCAACUUGGUAAUUUGAACUUGCAUGACGUUAUAGACUUGAGCCACAAUUUAUUCAUAGGAGAAAUGCCACAACAAUUAAGCAAGUUAAUGGAGUUGCGAGAGUUGAACUUAUCACACAAUAAAUUGGUUGGUCCAAUUCCAUCUUCUUUUCAAUCAAUGACAGGCUUAAUGUCAUUGGAUUUAUCUUAUAAUUAUCUGGAAGGUCCGGUUCCAGAGAACCAUUUCUUUUAA